AUGGUGGAAAGUUUACUAGACGUUGUGAGGGUGCUGCUCGAGCACGGUGCCUGCAUCGAGACCAAGUGGGAAACUAGCGACACGGACACCCCAUUGGAGCAGGUCCUGAAUGCGCGCUUCAAGAAUUCGACGCGAGCUGUGGACCUGGUCACGAAGGGACUGGUCCUAUCCAUCCGCAUUCCUCUGAUCCUUGAAUUGAUGACCCUCUACCUCAAGUUUCUGGCGUUGAACCGUAUGGACAGCCUGCCUAUGCUGCGGGAGCUGGUCCAGGAGAUCAAGAGGAAGCAACUGCGGGCAUGGGCAAAACCGUACCAUGUGUUCCUCGUGGGGCUGGUGUAUGCCAAGAGUGCAAGGAAGCUCCAGGCCAUGGGCGACCUGCCGACAUAUGUCUUGCAGAAGGUCAUACGCGGAGAUAUGCAGGCACUGGUGGUCAUCAUGACUUUCACCGGCAUGGAGCCGAAAUUCACAGCUGUCCAACACAGAUACUGGGCUGCCAUCACCCAAUAG